GCGGGGCCCGAGCCCGAGAAGAUGGCGGUGCGGAAGAAGGACGGCGGUCCCAACGUGAAGUACUAUGAGGCCGCGGACACCGUGACCCAGUUCGACAACGUGCGCCUGUGGCUCGGCAAGAACUACAAGAAGUAUAUACAAGCUGAACCACCCACCAACAAGUCGCUGUCUAGCCUGGUUGUACAGUUGCUACAAUUUCAGGAAGAAGUUUUUGGCAAACAUGUCAGCAAUGCUCCACUAACUAAACUCCCGAUCAAAUGUUUCCUAGAUUUCAAAGCAGGAGGCUCCCUGUGCCACAUCCUGGCAGCUGCCUACAAAUUCAAGAGUGACCAAGGAUGGCGCCGUUACGAUUUCCAGAACCCGUCCCGCAUGGACCGCAACGUGGAAAUGUUUAUGACCAUUGAGAAGUCCUUGGUGCAGAAUAAUUGCCUGUCUCGACCGAACAUUUUUCUCUGCCCAGAUAUUGAGCCUAAACUGCUAGGGAAGCUAAAAGACAUUAUCAAGAGGCACCAGGGGACAGUCACUGAGGAUAAGAACAAUGCCUCCCAUGUGGUGUAUCCCGUCCCAGGGAACCUAGAAGAAGAGGAAUGGGUACGGCCAGUCAUGAAGAGGGAUAAACAGGUCCUUCUGCAUUGGGGCUAUUACCCUGACAGUUACGACACGUGGAUCCCAGCCAGUGAAAUCGAAGCAUCUGUGGAAGAUGCACCAACUCCUGAGAAACCGAGGAAGGUUCAUGCCAAGUGGAUCCUGGACACAGACACCUUCAAUGAGUGGAUGAAUGAGGAAGACUAUGAAGUAAAUGAUGACAAAAACCCUGUCUCCCGCCGAAAGAAGAUUUCGGCUAAGACCUUGACUGAUGAGGUGAACAGCCCUGAUUCAGAUCGACGAGACAAGAAGGGAGGGAACUAUAAGAAGAGGAAACGUUCCCCCUCUCCUUCACCAACCCCGGAAGCUAAGAAGAAGAAUGCUAAGAAAGGCCCCUCAACACCUUACACCAAAUCAAAACGUGGCCACAGGGAAGAGGAGCAAGAAGACCUGACUAAGGACAUGGAUGAGCCCUCACCAGUCCCCAAUGUAGAAGAGGUGACACUGCCUAAAACAGUGAACACUAAAAAGGACUCAGAGUCAGCUCCAGUGAAAGGAGGCACCAUGACUGACCUAGAUGAGCAGGAGGAUGAGAGCAUGGAGACCACGGGCAAGGAUGAGGAUGAGAACAGCACGGGGAACAAGGGGGAGCAGACCAAGAAUCCAGACCUGCAUGAGGACAACGUCACCGAGCAGACCCACCACAUCAUCAUUCCCAGCUAUGCUGCCUGGUUUGACUACAACAGCGUGCAUGCCAUUGAGCGAAGAGCUCUCCCUGAGUUUUUUAACGGCAAGAACAAGUCCAAGACACCAGAGAUCUACUUGGCCUAUCGAAACUUCAUGAUUGACACUUACCGACUUAACCCCCAAGAGUACCUCACCUCCACUGCCUGCCGCCGGAACCUGGCUGGGGAUGUCUGUGCCAUCAUGAGGGUCCAUGCCUUCCUUGAACAGUGGGGUCUUAUUAACUACCAAGUGGAUGCUGAGAGCCGCCCAACCCCAAUGGGGCCUCCACCCACCUCUCACUUCCAUGUCCUGGCCGACACACCAUCUGGCCUGGUGCCUCUGCAGCCCAAGACCCCACAGGGCCGCCAGGUUGAUGCUGAUACCAAGGCUGGGCGGAAGGGCAAAGAGCUGGAUGACCUGGUGCCAGAGACGGCUAAGGGCAAGCCAGAGCUGCAGACCUCUGCUUCCCAACAAAUGCUGAACUUUCCUGAUAAAGGCAAGGAGAAGCCAACAGACAUGCAGAACUUCGGGCUGCGCACAGACAUGUACACAAAGAAGAGUGUCCCCUCCAAGAGUAAAGCCGCAGCCAGUGCCACUCGAGAGUGGACAGAGCAAGAGACCCUGCUGCUCCUAGAGGCACUGGAAAUGUACAAAGAUGACUGGAACAAAGUGUCUGAGCAUGUGGGAAGCCGUACCCAGGACGAGUGCAUCUUGCAUUUUCUUCGUCUUCCCAUUGAAGAUCCAUACCUGGAGGACUCGGAGGCCUCGCUGGGCCCCCUGGCCUAUCAGCCCAUCCCCUUCAGCCAGUCAGGCAACCCAGUUAUGAGCACUGUUGCCUUCCUGGCCUCUGUCGUUGAUCCCCGUGUUGCUUCUGCUGCUGCAAAAUCUGCCCUAGAGGAGUUCUCCAAAAUGAAAGAAGAGGUGCCCACAGCCUUGGUGGAAGCCCAUGUUCGGAAAGUGGAGGAAGCAGCCAAAGUGACAGGCAAGGCGGACCCAGCCUUCGGUCUAGAAAGCAGCGGCAUUGCAGGAACCACCUCUGAUGAGCCAGAGCGAAUUGAGGAGAGUGGAACUGAUGACACCCGUGCAGAGGGCCAGGCCACAGAUGAGAAGAAGGAGCCCAAGGAACCCCGAGAGGGAGGAGGGACUGGAGAGGAGGAGGCCAAGGAGAAAACGAGCGAGGCUCCCAAGAAGGAUGAAGAGAAAGGGAAAGAGGGCGACAGCGAGAAGGAAUCCGAGAAGAGUGAUGGCGACCCAAUGGUUGAUCCUGAGAAGGAGAAGGAGCCAAAGGAAGGGCAGGAGGAAGUGCUGAAGGAAGUGGUGGAGUCAGAAGGGGAGAGGAAGACAAAGGUGGAGCGAGACAUCGGUGAAGGCAACCUUUCCACUGCCGCUGCCGCGGCCCUGGCUGCUGCCGCCGUGAAGGCCAAGCACUUAGCCGCCGUUGAGGAAAGGAAGAUCAAAUCUCUGGUGGCUCUGCUGGUGGAAACACAGAUGAAGAAGUUGGAGAUCAAACUCCGGCACUUCGAGGAACUAGAGACGAUCAUGGACCGGGAGCGAGAAGCACUGGAGUAUCAGCGGCAGCAGCUCUUGGCCGACAGACAAGCCUUCCACAUGGAGCAGCUCAAGUACGCGGAGAUGAGGGCCCGGCAGCAGCACUUCCAGCAGAUGCACCAGCAGCAGCAGCAGCCUCCGCCAACCCUGCCCCCAGGGUCCCAGCCGAUCCCCCCAACAGGGGCUGCUGGGCCAGCCGUGGUCCAUGGCUUGGCAGUGGCUCCAGCCUCCAUGGCCCCAGCUCCUGUGGGCAGUGGGAUUCCUCCAGGAAGCUUGGGCCCUUCGGAACAGCUUGGGCAAGCAGGGUCCACAGUGGGGCCACAGCAGCAGCAACCAGCUGGAGCCCCCCAGCCUGGGGCAGUCCCACCAGGGAUCCCCCCCCCUGGACCCCAUGGCCCCUCACCGUUCCCCAGCCAACAAACUCCUCCCUCAGUGAUGCCAGGGGCAGUGCCAGGCAGCGGGCACCCAGGCGUGGCGGGUAAUGCUCCUUUAGGUUUGCCUUUUGGCAUGCCGCCUCCUCCUCCUCCCGCUCCAUCCAUCAUCCCAUUUGGUAGCCUAGCCGACUCCAUCAGUAUUAACCUUCCCCCUCCUCCUAACCUGCAUGGGCAUCACCACCAUCUCCCGUUCGCCCCGGGCACUCUCCCCCCACCUAACCUGCCUGUGUCCAUGGCGAACCCUCUACAUCCUAACCUGCCGGCGACCACCACCAUGCCAUCUUCCUUGCCUCUCGGGCCGGGGCUCGGAUCCGCCGCAGCCCAGAGCCCUGCCAUUGUGGCAGCUGUUCAGGGCAACCUCCUGCCCAGUGCCAGCCCACUGCCAGACCCAGGCACCCCUCUGCCUCCAGACCCCACAGCCCCGAGCCCAGGCACAGUCACCCCUGUGCCACCUCCACAGUGAGCAGCCAGCCAGACUCACCCCUCACCCCCCCAAGGAGCUCAUGGUUCCAGGAACAGCCCUCCCCUAACCACUGGGACCCUUCCCCAGCCCGGAGAGUUCGUCACUACGUAAGGAAAGCUCCUGCCCUACAAGCCCUUGCCUGCCCGGCAGUGGUGUGCGCUUUUGUACCAGAUUCUUCUAGGACUUGGUGACAAGCUAUUUCUCAUGUCUGAGAGCAUAGUUUGGGGAUGCCACCCUCAAAGCAAGGGCUGGGAAAGGCGUUCCUCCAAGGUUCUCAUUAACCACUUCUAAGGGUGCACUCCCCUCAAAACUACUGCAUUUUUUUUAGUGGAUAAAAAAGAUGAAGCCCUUUAAAAGGAAGUAGAUUUUAAAAAGCCACAUUUGAGCUCCCUUCAACCCAUUACAAAAUAACCAGCGCUUACAUUUUUCUAGAGGGUGACAGUUUUAAGAAAGGGGAACUAGGGUUUUGGGGAGGUUGCUGUUAGGACAGAGUGCAGCACCAUCUCCCCGAGCCUGCUGCACCUGUGCGCUAGUCCCCGCUGCCGCCGCCUCAUCUGUGCUUUUCAGGCCCCCCCAGCCCAGCCAAUGAUGCCCUGCUCUCGGGAUCUCAGUUUGUGUUUUUAAAAGUCACCUGCUUAGUCGAUGUCACCGUAUGUGUAUUUGGUGGGGAAAUGUAUUUUUGGGGAUUCCUGUGGUAGGUAAUAGAGGAAGGGCGGGCACUAGAUGCUGUGUUUCUUCCUGUACUGAGUCGUGUCAGUUGACUCCUAGAAGGCAUGGAGAAAGGGAGCCAUGAGAGAUAGGAGGUUUGUAACCCCAAAGUUUCAAAAAGCACUUAAACACCUCUCGUCCUUAUGACUGGGUGGGUGCCCCUCAACCUCCUCAUCUACCAAGACGGACUGAGCCUUGACUGGUAGCUGGAGUUCCCAGGUGAGGAGCCAGGUGUGGGAGCAGUAGAGCAAUGGACAGCCUGAGGUUGGAGUGACCCUCUGCUGGCAGCUGGCUCCACCCCCCUUCCUCACUCUGGCAUGUAGGCAAACUGAUCCAGACUCUACACUGGUUCUGGUCCCUCCCACCAGGCUCUUCGUUCCUUAUGUCCCCAUGUUUCUCUUCCUCUCUCUGCGUCUUGGCACCUUUCUUUUGUUCAAAGUUUUCUGUAAAUUUUCUUUCUUUUCUUUUUUUUAUAAAUUAAUUUGCUUUCAGUUCCAUCUUGUGGAUUCCUGUGUGUUCUCUUUCUGUCACUGUCAGACAGGGUGAUGGGCUGGGGGCAGCAAUCUCGGAUCCCUUCACCUGGGCUGGCGGGAUGACGAGCCAUGGGGCCUCCAUUGCUGUGCCUCCUGCCUCCAAAGGCUUCAGGCAGCACAGCUGUCAGGGCUGGGGACUCCUGCAUGAGCCUAUGAAUAGCCAGCAUUUCUGCACUUGGAAGGACAUCCCCACAAUGGGGCGAUUUUAUAUUUUUAUCCUGUCAAACGCUGACUUCAUUCCUUCCCUUAUUAGGGAGAGAGGGGAGACAGUCCCUCACGUACUUGUUAGUACUGGCCCCUUGCUGUGUCACGUGCCAGACUGGCUGAGGCAGUGCUAAUAUGGCUUAGCUGUAGCUCUAAUAAACAUUCCCUAGGCUCCCCCACAGAAGGCCUCAGUGCUUGGGCCAGCAGGGGCUGGAACGAAGGAACUAGUGUGGGAUGACCACAGCCCGGGCUGGUAGGGAUCUACAGCGUUCAUCCGCCCCAGCGAGUAGCCUUGCAGCACGGAUGACUGCAGCUGGCAUCUGCAGAGACACACUGGCCACCGUAGGCCACCCCCAGCCCAUCCCCAUGCUUGGACUGUCUCAGGGAUAGGUCAGCUUCUCACCUUUACCCUUCAAUCUGUUGCGAAGGAAAA